AUGUCUUCCCCCGCGCAGGAGAAGAGGAGCUCCGGCGCUCGGCCGCUGUGCGUCGCGCUGCCGCCGCUGCUGCUGCUGCUGCUGCUGCUCUCCGGUUGUUCAAGCAUGGAUGUGUCCGUGGCCAGUAACAUUAAUGCACUGAACGGAACAACUGUUAGAAUCCAAUGCAUAUUUACCUCCUGCUAUAAGAUGAAUACUGCCAAGUUUGCCAUGAACUGGACCUAUCAAGAAUCACUAAACGAUACGGAGGAGAUGUUUAUGACAUACUCUAAGAAAAAAGGAAUGGUGCCUCUGCGUUCUGACCGGUUUGGAGACAGGGUCAUGUUUGCCGGGAACCUGGAUAAGAACGACCUGUCUUUCACCCUAUCAGAUGUACAGCUGGAAGAUGAGGGGGUUUACAAAUGCUAUGUGAGAAACCCCCCAGACCGCAUCCAGGGACGUGGUGUCAUACAGCUCAAAGUUGUUACCAAACUUCCCCCUCCGAGGGAUUCAACCAUUGCAGUUGCGAUCGGGGCAUCAGUGGGUGGAGCGUUGGCUCUGCUGAUCCUCUCCAUGGUAGUAGUGAAAUGUCUUCGGCGACACCGGAAACAGGAACUGAUUUCAGAGGAGAAGAUGGAGGAGGAGGGAAAACUGGAGGCUGAAGGUGUUGCAGAGGAGGGAACCAAGUAA